AAGAUUGUCUUUAAAGAGGUAUUAUUUUGUCACCGCCAUCAACAAGAGCUAUCAUAAAGCUGAGAGGUUUGUUUGUGAUCUCCAAGAAGCAAAAGCAAUGAAGCAAAAGAUAGUGAUUAAGGUCUCCAUGAAUGACGAGAAGUCUCGUUCCAAGGCCUUGAAGAUUGUUGUUGGAGUUCCAGGGGUCCAAUCAGCAGCUUUAGGAAAGAAGGAUAAGAACCAAAUAGAGGUGAUUGGAGAGGCAGUUGAUGCAGUGAAGCUAACAAGCUUGCUAAGAAACAAAUUAGGAAACAAGUCUUGUUUAACUUGUUUUCUAGCAAAUCAGAAGACGCAUGCAGAAAUAUUAAUUGUGAAACCGAUAGGAGGCAAGGCAGAUGAGGAAGAUGAGGAGAAAGAGUCAAAGGUUCGACCUGUGAAUUGGUCAUACUCAUAUGGUUGUAGUGUGCCUCAAUAUUUUAUAUGCUACUAAGUGGAGCUAUAGAUUCGAUCUAGGUAAGUAUUUUCUUCAAAUGUAAUAUAAUUUUAAAACACAGUUGCUUCAAAUUUACUUUUAACAUGGUUGUGGUGUGGGUUUGAAGAAUUUUAGAAAAUCUUUAUUUUGGUUAUUGUUUAAUUUUCUUUA